GGGCGGGGCUGGAGGACGAGGAUCCCCGGCACGUCCUGCCCCGCCGGAAGUGAAGGUGCGGGUUCGACAGCGGGCUCGGAGCGGCCCCUGCCCGGAUGGCAGCAGUAGUUCUAGGGGGAGACACCAUGGGCCCUGAGCGUAUCUUCCCCAAUCACACUGAGGAACUAGGGCCGCAACAGGGUCCUACAGAAGGCACUGGGGAUUGGAGCAGUGAGGAGCCUGAGGAAGAGCAGGAGGAAAACGGGGCAGGCCCAGCCGGCUACUCCUACCAGCCUCUGAACCAAGAUCCUGAACAAGAGGAGGUGGAGCUCGCACCAGUGGGGGAUGGAGAAGAUGUAGUUGCUGAUAUCCAGGAUCGGAUCCAGGCUCUGGGGCUUCAUUUGCCAGACCCACCAUUAGAGAGUGAGGAUGAAGAUGAAGAGGGAGCUACAGCAUUGAGCAACCACAGCUCUAUUCCCAUGGACCCAGAACACGUAGAGCUGGUGAAAAGGACGAUGGCUGGAGUAAGCCUGCCUGCGCCAGGGGUGCCUGCCUGGGCUCGGGAGAUAUCAGAUGCCCAGUGGGAAGAUGUGGUACAGAAGGCCCUCCAAGCCCGGCAGGCAACCCCUGCCUGGAAGUGACCACCCUGAGAGCCGCCUUAGCUCCCUGCAUUCCAGGCCAGAACCAGCACAGGACUGAACACACCCCUGGUUGGCUAUGUAUCUCCACCCUCCCCAUCUCCCUCCCACAUCCAGGCAAAUCAGACUUCUUCUCAGAGACCCACUUUAUUCAGUUCUGUACAUAUGGGGACAUUGGCCCAAGCCCAACCCACCUUAGCAUGUAUCACUCUGUGGAGAAUAAAGCACCCUAUGUACACA